CAAUUUUCUGUGUUUCCUCAAAGCCCUAAAACUUUGAUUUCAUCUUGAAAAUGAAAACACAGAGAAAUGCUUUGUCUUGGUUCUUCAGUAACAUGAGUUGGAGGAGAAUAAGGACAGCAAGCUCUACUCCCAUUUCGCCCAAUUUUGCGUCAGGUACGGCUUCUUCAAAUCAUAAUAACUCAUCGGUUUCUAUGAAUCAAUCCAAAUUCAAAAAAAGCUGUAAUGAUUUAGACGAUGCCCUAAAGUUAUUCCAUCAAAUGGCUCAUACCAGGCCCUUGCCUUGUGUUAUUCACUUCAACAAACUGCUUUGUAGAAUUGUGAAAUUGAAGCGUUAUUCGGUAGUUGUUUCCCUCUUUCAAGAAAUGCGCAUUAAGGGUAUCCCAAUCAGUGUGCGUACCAUUAACAUUCUGGUGGAUGUGUACUGCCGCUCUAGUCGAGUAGAUUGCGGGUUUUGUGUACUUGGUGUGGUCUUCAAGUGUGGAUUUGAGUUUAAUGUGGUCACAUUCACCACUCUGAUCAAGGGUCUCUUUAUGGAUAAUAAGAUUGUUGAGGCUAUAGGGCUAUUCAAGAAGUUGGUGAGGGAAAAUGUGUACAAAGUUGAUCAAAUUACUUAUGGUACUGUUAUAAAUGGGCUUUGCAAGGCAGGUCAUACACAAAAUGCUCUUGAUUUACUUGUAGUAAUGCAAAAGGAGGGACCUAAGCCUGAUACUAUAGCCUAUAACACUGUAAUUGAUUCUCUAUGCAAAGACAGAAUGGUUGAUCAGGCUCUUGGCCUUCUCUCUGAGAUGACUGAAAGAGGAGUUCCCCCGGAUAUCAUCACAUACGCUCCACUGAUUCAAGGCCUUUGCAAUUUUAACCGAUGGAAAGAGGUUACGAAGGUAAUGAAUGAGAUGGUCCUACAUAAUGUAUAUCCAGGUGUCUAUAUUUUCAAUAUAUUAGCGGAUGCCCUCUGUAAGGAGGGGAAGUUGGAAAGUGCGGAAACUAUUAUUCAGAUCAUGAUUCAAAGGAACAUUUAUCCUGAUGUUGUCACAUACAACGCUCUUGUUGAGGGGUACUGUUUGCAAGGACGGAUGGAUGAAGUGAGGAAAGUUUUUGGUCGGAUGGUAGAAAGUGGCAUUCAACCUGAUGUUAUGACCUAUAACACAUUAAUUAAUGGAUACUGUAAAAUAAAAGAGGUGGAUGAAGUGAGGAAAGUUUUUGGUCGGAUGGUAGAAAGUGGCAUUCAACCUGAUGUUAUGACCUAUAACACAUUAAUUAAUGGAUACUGUAAAAUAAAAGAGGUGGAUGAAGUGAGGAAAGUUUUUGGUCGGAUGGUAGAAAGUGGCAUUCAACCUGAUGUUAUGACCUAUAACACAUUAAUUAAUGGAUACUGUAAAAUAAAAGAGGUGGAUGAAGUGAGGAAAGUUUUUGGUCGGAUGGUAGAAAGUGGCAUUCAACCUGAUGUUAUGACCUAUAACACAUUAAUUAAUGGAUACUGUAAAAUAAAAGAGGUGGAUGAAGUGAGGAAAGUUUUUGGUCGGAUGGUAGAAAGUGGCAUUCAACCUGAUGUUAUGACCUAUAACACAUUAAUUAAUGGAUACUGUAAAAUAAAAGAGGUGGAUGAAGUGAGGAAAGUUUUUGGUCGGAUGGUAGAAAGUGGCAUUCAACCUGAUGUUAUGACCUAUAACACAUUAAUUAAUGGAUACUGUAAAAUAAAAGAGGUGGAUGAAGUGAGGAAAGUUUUUGGUCGGAUGGUAGAAAGUGGCAUUCAACCUGAUGUUAUGACCUAUAACACAUUAAUUAAUGGAUACUGUAAAAUAAAAGAGGUGGAUGAAGUGAGGAAAGUUUUUGGUCGGAUGGUAGAAAGUGGCAUUCAACCUGAUGUUAUGACCUAUAACACAUUAAUUAAUGGAUACUGUAAAAUAAAAGAGGUGGAUGAAGUGAGGAAAGUUUUUGGUCGGAUGGUAGAAAGUGGCAUUCAACCUGAUGUUAUGACCUAUAACACAUUAAUUAAUGGAUACUGUAAAAUAAAAGAGGUGGAUGAAGCGAGGAAAGUUUUUGGUCGGAUGGUAGAAAGUGGCAUUCAACCUGAUGUUAUGACCUAUAACACAUUAAUUAAUGGAUACUGUAAAAUAAAAGAAAUGGAUGAGGCCGUGCAUCUGUUUUGUGAAAUUCCUCAUUCUGAUGUUGUUACGUAUAACACAAUGUUGCAGGGGUUAUUUCUGGUGGGUAGAUGUUGUGCUGCACUGGAACUUUUUCAGGAGAUGCUGGUUGCUGGACAUAAACCAGAUUUUUACACUUCAUGUGUCUUACUUGGUGGUUUGUGUGAUAAUGGACUUGUUGAAGAGGCGAUGUCAUUCUAUCAUGAGUUAUUAAAUAGAAACAGAUAUGGUUCUCAUGUUUAUGGUACCAUCAUAAUUGAUAGGCUCUGCAAGAUAGGACGGCUUAAUGUUGCACGCGAUGUAUUCAAUGACCUCAUCUCUAAAGGGCGAUGCCUAAAUGUGAAUACAUACACUGUAAUGAUAAAUGGGCUUUGCCGAGAAGGAUUAAUAGAUGAAGCCUUAGAGUUGUUAAGGAAAAUGGAGAGAAAUGAUUGCUUACCAAAUACUGUGACUUAUAAUGUUAUUUUGCAAGAAUUUGUUAGAGAGAAAAAAUGGCACGAGGCAAAUCUACUUUUGGAUGAAAUGGUUGGUAAGGGUAUUUCUCUAGAUCACUGCACAUUUUUCUUCAUGAAUGACUUACUUGCACUUAAAACUGGAGAUGAGACUGUACUAAAGGUGAUACAGAAAUUUGCUGCAAAUCAUGUAAAGUAACUACAUAUUUGGAAUCUUUUAGCUUCUCUACUAGUUCAUGAUUUGCUACUUUUGGAAGAAUGUUUUCAGGGAUUUCACAAGUUUGGGUCUCAGCAUCUAUGUUUUAACAACAUAAUAGUUCUUGGCAGAGGGAGGUAAAAUGCCUGUUGCCUAUUAUGCCCUCGCUGAAUGUUUCUUGACAUUAAAAGAGUACCAUGAAGCAAAAAAUAAUUUAAUUACAUAAGAAGGAAGAGGUGCUCUGCAGAGAAGGAGCUUUGGUGCAGCUUUGCUGAUUUUGAUGUUGGGAGCUCUGUUAUGGAAAAAUUCAGAUGUGUCUCAUAGACUGGCUAAAGGCAAAGGGACAUAAUGUUUCUUGGAACUCCAAUGGGGUUAUUUGGGCAAACAUGUUGUUAUUGUAUUUGUGCAGCUUAGUCACCGUGAUUGAUGGAAUGGUAAAUCUUUUGUACGCUGCCUUUAGCCAGUUAAAUAGGCUUUUAAAAAGGCUUCAGGCCAGGCCAUGCUAACUGUAGGCUCAGGCUUGAGCCUAAAAAAAAAGCAUACAUACAGGCUCAGCUCAAGCCUAACUUUCUAAAGCCCAACUCGGCCUAGCCUAUUUCCACCCCUAUCCUAAAUGGAGAAUCCAAAUUUGUCUAUAAUUUUUA